AUGGCCUUCCAGCACAACAUGGUCCCUCCAACAGCCCAAUAUGGCACCAAGAGACAAAAGAAAGUGGUGUGUGAGUUUCCCGUAGCCGCGAUUCGUGUGCGAAUCCGGGAAGGUACGGUAGACCACAUUUUGGAGAAGCACAGUAAGGAUUUCGAUUUCGCGAUCGAUGGAGAAACUUACCCACCGAUGAUCGAGUACAAAGUGUCGAAGUACAUCCAAGAGAUCAUCAGCACGUCCUCUCAAGUCUUCCUCUCAGUUGCGAGGAGUACACGUGCUGACUCGAUCAUGAUGUACUUCAGAAGGCCACAGGACAAGAUGCAUCACUGCUUCCCACUGGCCUAUGAAGAGGACAAUUGCUACCGGAUAAGCACCGGUUACAAGAAGCGGUUUGAUGAGGAGUCCUUCUCCGGGACAUGGGUGCAAUGUGGAAGUCAAGCAGUGGUUGACUACUGGCCUGGGAUGAUGGGAGUCUUUACGAGAGGGAGCGUGGCGGACAGCGGGCACUACUGGAAUAUACAUGGUCGUCCGAUGCAGCAACAGCAACCUAUGAUAUAUACAUUCAUCAUGGCCUUCAACGCCACCGCUAGCCAAGCCGAGGAGCAGAUGUGGGUGAACACCCCACCACCAACCCAUCCAAACCGUGGAAGAGCAGGAUUCGGGCCGAUGGAGCAGCCGUUAGCUCUGGUCCAAUUCCUGAUCGCAGGAAUUUUGGUGGUCAUUCGAGAGGGAACCGUGCGGCAUAUUUUGGAGAAGCACGAAAAGGACUUCAAGUUUGAAAUAAAGGAAAUUGAGGACUGGCCAACGAAGGAGCACAUCGUGGCGACGUAUAUCAAGAAUACGAUCGUCCACGCGGAACAGCUGCUCAUCACGGACGAGAGACGGUCGAAGGAGAAUUCCCUGCUCAUCCACAUGCGGAGACCGGUGGACCGGAUGUUCCACCGGUUCGUGAUCACACAUGAGGCUGGAAACCUCUAUAGGCUUGAGACCGCUUUCAAGUUGUAUCCAGAUGUGAGUCUUCUCACGGGAUACAUGGGAAGGUGUCUGGUACAGUAUGACCAUGGGGUCCAAGAGGUGUUGACUGCUGCCAAGGUGGAUAGGAGGAAUCUACAUAUUGCUAGGAUUCAUGGAAACUACUUGUAA